UUAAUAUACUAAUAUAGUAAAUUAUAGCAUACCCAUUUCAUAUUUUUUUCAACUGUCAUUUUAAAUUACUGGGGUUUUUUUUUUACUUAAGCUUUCAACUUCAAGUUUAAUGAGAUUGCUUAAUUUGAUCUGGGUUUUUUCUUUGUUUGCCAUGUGUUGAUUGCAUGUGGGGUUUGGUUUACAGCUUAGUAACUUCUGGAAGUAGUUAACUGCCAAAAAGAGCAGACAUAUAGUUUAAGUUUUUUGUUUAAAAGAAUAAAGAAAACUUUUUAAAAGAGAGAUUCUUGGAGAUAAAACUUGAGAAAAGGUUUAAAUCAUUGCACAAGAAAGAAACAUUAUCACAUGGGGUUCAUUAUCAGAUAAGAUUUUGCACAAUCUAUGGGUGAAUCAUUAGUGGAGACUCUAAAAGUUGAAAACAAGAUGGGUGAUUCUGUUACACAUAUGCCCUGCCUUCAAGAAUCAGUGUCAUUUGGUAGAUUUGAGCAUGAUUCUCUUUGUUGGGAGAGAUGGUCUACUUUCCCAACAAACAAGUACUUGGAGGAAGUUGAGAAGUGCUCUACUCCUGGAUCAGUAGCUCAAAAGAAGGCCUAUUUUGAAGCCCAUUACAAAAAGAUUGCUGCUCGGAAAGCCGAGUUGAUGGAUCAGGAACGGCAGAGGGAAGCCGAGUCUAUGAAUUCAGAAGAUCAGGAUUUGUUUGGUUCGAUAUGUAACACUGGUGAGGAAGAUAUGGAUUUUGAGAGACCAAAUAAUGAGAACUCUGCUGAUGAAAAUGGAACUAAGAUGCAUAAUGAAAUCAGCGAUUUUUCAAGUGAUGUGAGUGAUAAGCAUAUUGACAUCAUAAUUGAAGACAAUGAAGUUGAGUAUUUCACAAGUGAGGCGAGUGAGCAUAUUGAUGUACUGAGUGAUGGUGCUCAUGUCAUGGAUGGAGUAAAUGAAGUAGCAGAUCUCAUAGGUGAAGUGAGUGAGCACAUUCAUGAACAGCCAGAGCAUAUUGAUGAACAACCAGAGCAUAUUGAUGAACAACCAGAGCAUAUUGAUGAACAACCAGAGCAUAUUGAUGAGCCGAAUGAGGUGGCCGACAAAGAGAAGGAUAUACAGCCAGAGCAUGUUGAUGAACCAGAUAAUGAUGCUGAGUUGAUUGAAGAAAGCAAAGAUAUGCAGCCCCAGCUUGAGGAUGCAAGUGAAGUUUUAAGUCUAGAGAUUGUAAUAACUGAAAUGCCAGAUGAACCUGUAUUGGUAAAAGAAGACACUGCUUCCGCACGAGUAUGGCAAGAUAAGGAGGUAUUGCCUCAAGAAAAGGUUGAAGAAAGAGAGAUGGCAGAGAUCAAGACCAAAAAACCAGUGGAAUUGGUUGAUCCUACGAGAAUGAAGAAGACAACUUUGGUGAAGAAGACGACCAGUACAGCUAAUGCUCAGAAAAAACAAGCAUCACCGAUCCCCAAAAGACCUGUUGCACCUACGACAAAGUCUCCCAUGAUAUCUACUCCUAAGUCAUCAAAGCCUGAGUUGAUAAAAACUGCUAAGUCCACCACUCGUCCCUUGGUUAAGAAAGAAAAUGGUCACACUCCAGUGACAAGCAAGAAAGCUAGUAGACCUGAAAGUAGGCGAAUACUUCCUACAUCCUUGCACAUGUCUCUCAGUUUGGGACCGGCUAAUUCUGAUCCAGGAUCACUUACAACAACGAGAAAGUCGUUGAUCAUGGAGAGUAUGGGAGAUAAAGAUAUCGUAAAACGAGCCUUCAAGACAUUUCAAAACGUCAAUCAACAUCCACCAUCUAGUUUACCUAAACCAGCAGCAACGAAUCAGUCUGCCACCAAAAGGAUGGAACUCAAGCCUUCUACUCCGGACACGCUUCAAAAGAAAAAAGAAGGGAUCAUCAGGGCAGCAAAGGCACACGUUCCAGUUACUGGCCAACAAGGAGGGAAAAAGACAUCACAGUCACAUGGAUUGACGAAAAACAUUGGUGUGGAGCAAAGAAACGGUAAAACUGGAUCUGUUUCUUUUGGCUCGAGAAGUCUAGAUCAGGGAAGACAACAGAAAGAGAUCCCGAAGAAGCUUGAGCAAAAAAACAUCAAAGAUUCUGGGAAGACCCAUCUUCAAUCAAAAUUCAAGGUAGAGAAAUCAGCAGAAGUCGGAAAACCAAGUCACAGAAACAAUCCUAAGACCAAGCUAUCAUCAAGCUGUAAUCAGGGACAUGGAUUCUUGAGAGGUUCAGUACGUAAGGAAGAUGCCAAGAUCUAAGUCUCUGAUUGAUUGGAGCGACUUUAGAAGCAAGCAUGGGUUCGGGAAAGUCUCAAACUUAUAGUCAAAUGGUGUAUCGCAAUUCGCAGCUAUAAUCAUUAUGAAACGGAGUUGAUCUCAAACUUGUAUUCAAAUGGUGUAUCACGGAGAUAAUCAUUUUGGAGGGGAGUAAAUAGAUUUGUCAUCGAGAGAGCUAGAUGUAUAAAGAAACAGUUGCAAAGUAAGUUUAGCUUUAUAUGGCCUAAAAAGAAUGAGGGCAAAAGUUGUAUAUUUAUAUUUCAAUAUUAAGCUAAAACAUAGGAUUAACUGUAUCGACGGUCCUUUUAAAUCUUUUGGGUCCAUCAAUAAUUGUGGAGACCAUGAAUGGAGUGGAGGAAGAAUGCAAAGAUUUAUAUUUAAUGUU